AUGAGGUUAGCUCUCAAAGCGUUUGCAGGUCAGAAGAAGCGCUUCUUUCCACACCUUGAAGAUGAAAUGCACAAUCAGAAGCACUCUGGGGAGUUUGGUGCUUCAAAGAAACUUGCCACCUCAGUAUCAUCAGUGGUGGUUCAUAAAGAUGAGCCUUAUUCUGAAAGAAGUUUAUCUGACAUUCUAAAUGACAUAGAAGCAGAAUCAUCCUUCGCAAAAAUCUCUACUUACCAACGUUUGGAUUGGUUAAAAAGAGCCUCUUCAUUAUCUCCAUCAGCAAAUGAACCCCCUGGAGAGACCUCAAAAGAAAACAAUGUCCAUACCUCAAGUAAAAUACGGGCAGAAGUGCAAGGUGCACCAGCUUUGGAUCAAAUUGCAGUCAUAGAAUUGUUGGUUCCGUCUGUCUUCAGAGCUGUAGUGUCACUAAAUCCAGCUGGCUCCAUCAACCGUGAUGCAGUUGCCUUCUUCUCCCCAGAUGAGGGUGGUAGCUAUAUCCAUGCACGUGGUUCAUCAGUCUAUCGUGUAUUUCGAAAUAUCACGGUAACCAAAGGAUUUCCCUUUUUCCCUUUAUUGCAGAUACAUAUUACGUUAUUGGAAUCAGUUAGAAUAUUUGAUUGUCCACAGCUUUAUCGAAGUGGGCUCUUAGAUCAGUUGCAUGUGUGUUGCUCUCUUUUUCUUUAGAUUGAGAAUAAGCUAAACUGAUUUAUGGCCACUUU